CUGGUAUUCAGAAGCCACGUCGAUGUGAGACAAACUCGGUCACUCAAUCAACUACAGGAUAUACGAGUUCACAAAUAACUAACGAACAUGAAUAAGUGCAAUCGAGUGACUAGACUACUGCCUAUCGAAAAUACUCAAAUACCUGAAAUCUUGGCGAAACGACAAAAAGCGAAAUCAAGGAAGUCAACCAGUUUAAAAUGAGCUAAUGAUGGAGAUAUUGUAUAUUGGACUAAAUAAUUUUCAUCAGCGUUAGCGAAUAGUGCGCGUAAACGACUUUCGUGUAAUACUGGACGUUAGCGGGUAUUUCGAGAAUGCCAAAUACUCGUCUUGAUAAUUUCUUCCGAGUUAGUAAGACACCUCAAAAUGUAGGAAGAGCCAAAAGAGCAGUUCCUGAGACCUCGCCUGAAACAGAGUUAUCCAGAUCAAAGCGACCAGCUUAUCAGCGUUUUUCUCACCUUACCAAACCUACUCAAGAGUCCGCUUCUGAGGCUGAAACAAUAAAAACUACUGUCAUAAAGUUAGAUAAACAAAGUGAAGUCCUAAGCAGCUCCUCAUUUUGCCCUCCGCCUCAAGAAAAGACCGUCAUACAGCUGAAAAAACGCACACAGCUGAAGAAAGUGAUCAAGCUAAAAUCAUCUCGGUCAUCAGACUCAAUACAAGACAAUAGUUCAAAGCUGCCCGCUUUUAAACGUUUCGCUCACUUAUCAGAACCUGUUUCUUCAUUAAAGCCACAAUCGACUGAACCCGAAACUUCUAUUGAAACUCAGAGUGCUGUAUCUUCCAAGGAUCUUGAUUUAACACAAACAGAUUUAACAGUCCCUCCUGAUCUUUUUCUUCCUCACAACUUACAAGUUUUGUUGGAACUUUUUCGAAGUUGUGAUACAGUUGUCAGCAUGCUGCACAACAGAAAAGAACUUUGCAGUUUCGAUAAAAUCCAACCAGCUGUUCAAGAAAUUACGCGCAGGAAUUUUGAAGAAACUCAUAUCGGUCAAUUUCUAACUGUCUAUCCUAUGGUUUAUUUUCUGCGCUAUGAGAAGCAGUUUGAUAAAUUCACACAUCGAUUAAAUGGGAAUUAUGUACUCGUUUUAUCACCCAAUUUACGUACUGAUGGAACAAAAGUUGGACAUGAUUCUCCGUCGAAAGGAUUUCUACCAUUCAGUGGGACGCGGUUAAUUCAACGUCGAAAUCGUUUCCAUUCUCUGUUAAUUAAUCUAGUUUUAAAAUCACAUCGGGUGCGUGCUCGGGAAAAUGAGCGACGUCUUCUUACUGAGCUUACUUAUGGGAAAGUUUCAGAGGCCAGACGAGCUAUUUACUGUCGUUUACCAUUAAUAAUAACUCAGGUUUGGAGUAUUUUACGUCCAUGCAAUGCCCGUCCACUUCCACUGUCAACUGUCGCUGUUCGUGUGGCAGACUCUCAUCCUAGCGGACUUUCUGCAGAUGUUGGUGAGAAGUUAAUUAUCUGUUGGUCCAGUUAUCCUGAAAUCUAUUACUUUCCCAUACGGGCUUCGGGUCCCAGUUUGAAUAUCGACACUGGACUGCAAGCAUAUCCAGCUAUGAAGAAUUCCAUAUGGGACGGAAUGCACGUCUUAGAUACCACUGUUAGCUACAAUCCAUCUAUUCUAGAAACCUAUCCCAAGAUGGAUAUAUCGAGGAAACUUGGAUACAUAUGUCAAGAAAGACCAGUCGAAACUUGGUCCUGAAUUUAAACAGGAUACUUCAGACCCUUACUGAUAAUGAUAUGUUACUUUUCUAGUUUUAUUGUACUAUUAUAAAUAGUCACUGGGAAUAGUUAUAUUUCAACAAUAUAAUUUUGUUAAAGAAUUAGUGAUUAUACAGUCAAAUAGUUCUGACAUUUUGUCCAGGAGUUUGGUUUCAGGUUCUUUAUGGAAAUAAGCACAGGAUUCUCCGAUAAUUUUUUUCUAUUUCAUUCGAAACUCUAAUUAGACAGUCGAACAUAAUGUUCACACUGUAUUUCACUUCCACCACUUAGAUUUUUAAAAAUAAAAUUCGAUUUUUUCCUAUUUACUAUUAGUCACCUUAAUGUUUGUGAAACUAUUCAAUCGAAUCUCGACAAAAACUUAUUUAAAAUUAGUCUAAUUGUAUAACAUUAGUAACUGUUAAGUGGAUAAGGUUUAUAAAUACACUUGCUUGAACACACUAUGCGUUUAGUGCUUGUAAGAGAAAGAAACAUAAAAAUCAACACUGCAGCCUAGGUACCUCUAACUGACGAGUCCCAUAUAAGAGCAAAUGCUCGUCCUGGAUCUCACCGAUAGCCAUUCGAUAAAACUUUUAACAGGAUGGCAAUAUCAAUGCGAUUCGCAUAGGAUCCACAUAUAUGCCAACAAAUAAUAAACCCUGUUACGGCCGACAGUAGGGAGUCAAUACCCUCUCUCGAAAUGUUCUCACAUAGCCACACAUAUACAGACACUGCCAAGGAACUCCUACUCACUGUCUUCUCGAGGCAGUGUUUUUUACGAAAUUGAGAGGAAGAAAGCGAAUAUCCGGCACUUUAACCUGGUUGGUCAGUAUCGAGGAUUCACUCUGAUUCUAAACCAGUCGUGCACAUGGGUCCUAGGAUCUUGACGGAACAAAUGGCGUAUGAGCCUAUUAUUGAUCACCGGCUACUCUGAAGCUGCAUCUCCUGACGUUGCUCCAUUACCUUGUGAAUUAUACCUCCAGGUUAAUGGCUCAAGGAAUGACGUCGCAAGAAAACCACCUGUUCAGUUUGGGUUUCCAGGCAGUAUCCCAGGCCUCACAUAAAUCAAAUGAUUUGUUUAGUGCCUCCUUGUACCAAUGUUUAUGUGUUUAAAUAAGUAAACAAAUGUUAAUAAUAAUGUAAAUAUCAUGUUCGUUGAAUAGUUAAUAGCCAUCUGGAGUGUAGCUCCAGUAGAUAGAUUGAACACUGAGUGUUUGAAACGAAAGUUACUACAGUUCAAGUUUCACUGUGAAUAUCAACACUGGAAUGCAGAUACAUGCAGCUAUGAUGAAACGCUCAACCUGUGGAUUCAAGUGCUAUUCACAGUCCAUCUAUCUUACAGAAAUAACGUAAAUGUUAUCAUGUUUCAGGUUUUUACGUAUACUCAUAAGUUAACUGAAUUCUUAACUUAACAUAUUUUGAUCUUAAAGACUCAGGUGCUUAUGAGUUAAAAGAUGAUCGUGCAUUGUUUCCUCAUUAAUCACUCUCUUGAUUCUAUCUUCUAUGAUUUUUCCUUCCUACGCGUAGAUGCUAUCAGUGAACACUUAGACGUGUUAUUAGAAUUAGCACCAUGUUGGAUAGAAAAAUUAAACUGGUCCAUUGUUCAUCUUCGAUUAAAAGAUCCAGAACGAUCAGUGAAAGAUGUUAUCGAUAUGAUUAAAUUGAAAGUUGCUAAAGAUGGUGUUAACAUUUAGUAAAUCUGUAGUCACUUUAUAUUUCUCUUUUUGUAUACUUUUUAACUAUUAUAUUAUUUUCAUUAUUUCGUCAAUACAAUGCAUUUAUAUGUGGGUAUAUGUACUUGUGCAUUUACUACUACUUAGAGUGUCUCAUUUUUAUGCUUCUCAUCGCUUCAUAUUUUAAACAUUUUUUGUGUGUACUUCAGUUGUUUUCCAUAA